CCUAUGGAGUCCUCCCUUAACGUGUUGAAGUGGGAAGGAGGCGGUGUUUUGCUGAUCUGUUAAAUUCUUAGUAAAGUUUCUGAGAUUUCCAGUGGCCGCUGUUGUUUGACUUUGGUUUGGAGCAGAGCUGAGGUUAUCCUGACAUUUCUGGGACUGGAUCCAGCCAAAGGGAAGAAGAAGGGGGAAAGGGAAAACGAGAAGAGGAAAGAAAGGUGGGGAAGAAUACACCGAGACAUGAAGAACUGAAUAAGGAAAAAUACUCCUUUCCCUUAUCGCAUUGCUGUGUUUUCCUUUAGUCUGGAAAACAUAUUGAUCCUGGUACUUUGGCUCGCGGGAAACAAAGGGACUUAGCCAGAUUGAGGGAGGGAAGCAUGAUAAGAAGAACCAUGGAACUUUAAAGAGAUACAGAAAGAAUUUUCCCAAAUAUCUGGGACUCCACUCUUGCGGGAUGUAAUGUGUGCGGGAGUUUGUAUGCAACCGCUACAAAAACCAAGUCAAAACUUCAGGUAAAUGGAGGUACUAGGAUUUAAAAGGACGAUUCCCUUCAUCUCAUUCUACUUGUCAAGAAGAUCAAGAAGAUAAAGAGAGAGAGAGAGAGAGAGAGAGAGAGAGAGAGAGAGAGAGAGAGAGAGAGAGAGAGAGAGAGAGAGAGAGAAAGAGAGAGAGAGAGAGAGAGAGAGAGAGAGAAGGAAAAUCUACUCAACUGGAAAUAAGAAUCUCUGGAGUCUGUGGCAUUUUAAGUUCAAAACUGGAGCUGCUGCAAACCUUUGGUGCUGUUCAUCCGCUGAAAGUGAAAAGAGUUGGGAGGAGACUGAUUUCUUCUAGGGAACUGUCCUGCGACUAAGCUUCAAAGCUUCCCCCUCCCUGCCAAACCCUCUGCAUUCCAUCUCUAUGAGCUAAAAUAGUGGACGACACAAUGAACUGGAUGAUGGAAUGGGGCUUCACCAUGCUGCUGACAAUGUGGGUAGUAUGCCACUCAGAACCCCACCCUCAAAAAGUGGACAAAGCUGGAAAAAUGUUGCCAGUUUCCCAGGUUAAUGGUAGACCACUUCGAUUCCUGAGGCACACAGGAAGGGCCCAGGGAAAUGUGAGGCCUAUAUCUGAUAAUCCUGACCAUCCCAUUUUAGACAGAAGGAGAGCUGUGCCUGUAUUAAGAUUAGCCCGCCCAACUCCCCUGCCAAUGCAGACCAAAGUGGGUGGCAGCCGAAUGAGACAAGAACAGAGACCAACAGCCAAGAGCUCCCCAAGAGAGAUGGUAAAAGAUGAAGGAUCCUCUGCUCGGGCAAAAAUGGUGCGAUUCCCAUCAGGGUCCAGCUCUCCCAACAUCUUAGCCAGCUUCGCAGGGAAAAAUAGGGUUUGGGUCAUCUCUGCUCCUCAUGCCUCUGAGGGCUACUACCGUCUCAUGAUGAGUCUCCUAAAGGAUGAUGUGUACUGUGAACUAGCAGAAAGACACAUCCAGCAGAUUGUGCUAUUCCAUGAGGCAGGGGAGGAAGGUGGCAAGGUGAGAAGAAUCACCAAUGAGGGCCAGAUCUUGGAGCAGUCCCUCGACCCUACUCUCAUCCCCAAACUGAUGAGCUUCUUGAAACUGGAGAAGGGAAAAUUUGGUAUGGUGCUGCUGAAGAAAACCCUACAGGUAGAGGAACGCUACCCAUACCCAGUUAGGCUAGAAGCAAUGUAUGAGAUCAUAGAUCAGGGGCCCAUCCGAAGGAUAGAGAAGAUCCGGCAGAAGGGCUUUGUCCAGAAGUGUAAGGCAGCUGGUGUGGAAGGACAGGUGGUUGAGGAAGGGAAUAAUGGUGAUGGUGGAAGGAGCAGACCAAAAGUGGGCAGUGAAAAGAAGAAAGAAGAUACAAAGAAAGGACAAAUCCAACCAACAAGGGAGAGCCGAGUGAAAACAGUCAAGAAAUUGGUCACUACAACAAUAGCUCCUCCUCCAAGGGUCACCAUGCUUCUUCCAUCUCCCUCAAAGACAUCAGCCUGGACCACUCCUCGUGUAGUGACAGUAGCAACCCGGCCCACCACCACAACUACCACCUUUCCAACCACUCAGAGAACAUGGACUACUAGGAUUCACACUACCUCUUCUUCCCACAGGCAGCCCUUGCCAGCUGAGGUGACAACUCCCAGGAGUACGUGGGAAGAUUUCUACCCCACCUCGAGGAAGGAGCAGCACAAGGAGAGGCAACAGACUACCAAGAGACCAAGCAAGACCACUGGCUAUGAGAGCCACACAUCAGCAACCACCACAACCCCAGACCACUACACAAGGACCGGCAUAAACCGUUUCCGUGACAACCGUACAGAUAGGAAAGAAUAUGGCCCUCGGGAUCCAAAUGUGGUGCCAGUUCAGCACAAACCAGUGAAAGCAAAGCCACCUAAAAAAAAAGCCCAGGAAAAGAUUCUAAGCAAUGAGUACGAGGAUAAGUAUGACCCUAGCCGCCCUACUGCCUCUCAUCUAGAAGAAGAACUGGAGGUAGGGAACAUUCCCCCUAAGAAAGGGAAAGAAACAAAAAAGCAUGAUCGGCCUGACAAGACUGAGAAGAAGAAGAAGGUGAAGAAUGAGAAACCAGACAAACUGUUGAAGAGUGAAAAGCAAACCAAGAAGGACAAAACAGACAAAAAGAAUAAGCAAGAAAAAGAACGAAAUAAAAAGAAAAAGGGGAGCAAAACAGAACAAGAUGGUUAUCUGAAACCCACUUCAAAGCUUUUCACACAGAGUUCCAAAAAAUCAUUGACUGACCUGCUGGAAUUUUUUGAAGGGAAAAGGCGACUCAUUCUCAUCACUGCUCCUAAGGCUGAGAAUAACAUGUAUGUGCAGCAGCGAGAUGAAUACCUGGAGAGUUUCUGCAAAAUGGCCACCAGAAAGAUUUCUGUGAUCACUAUCUUUGGACCUGUCAACAACAGCACUAUGAAAAUCGACCACUUCCAGCUAGAUAAUGAGAAACCCAUGAAAGUUCUAGAUGAUGAAGAUUUAGUAGAUCAGCAUCUCAUCAGUGAACUGAGGAAAGAAUAUGGAAUGACCUACAAUGAUUUCUUCAUGGUGCUGACUGAUGUCGACAUGAGAGUCAAGCAAUACUAUGAGGUUCCCAUAGCAAUGAAGUCUGUUUUUGAUUUGAUUGACACUUUCCAAUCUCGAAUCAAAGAUAUGGAAAGGCAGAAGAAGGAGGGCAUUGUCUGCAAGGAGGACAAGAAACAGUCAUUGGAGAACUUCCUAUCCAGAUUCCGUUGGAGGAGGCGUUUACUUGUGAUUUCUGCUCCUAAUGAUGAAGAUUGGGCAUAUUCACAACAGCUCUCUGCUCUCAGUGGUCAGGCUUGCAAUUUUGGUCUGCGCCAUAUAACAAUUUUGAAACUGCUAGGCCUUGGUGAAGAUAUUGGAGGAGUUUUGGAAUUGUUCCCAAUCAAUGGAAGCUCUGUGGUUGAACGAGAAGAUUUGCCUGCCCAUUUAGUGAAAGAUAUACGGAACUAUUUUCAAGUUAGUCCCGAGUACUUCUCCAUGCUUCUGGUUGGGAAAGACGGAAAUGUCAAGUCCUGGUAUCCUUCUCCGAUGUGGUCCAUGGUGAUCGUAUAUGACUUAAUCGAUUCCAUGCAACUCAGGAGACAAGAAAUGGCCAUUCAGCAGUCACUGGGUAUGAGGUGCCCUGAAGAUGAAUAUGCUGGCUAUGGUUACCAUAGCUAUCACCAAGGCUACCAAGAUGGCUACCAGGAUGAUUAUCGUCACCAUGAGGGUUAUCAUCAUGGAUACCCUUACUGAGCAGAACUAUGUAACCUUUGCCUCCCUUCCAUUUCCCAACCAAUAAUCCCUGCAGUUGUUAAAGCCACAUAUAGCCAGCUAUGUAAAGAAAUUACUUCAAACAGUUUAAACUACUCUGCUUUUUUCUUACAGUGUUCAUCGGAGACUAAAUAAAUAGCAGACUUUUGCAUUCCCCAAAGUGCACGAGUCUUUCAGAGUGAAAAAGUUUUGAAAUAGUAACCUCAGAGUUUUAAAGUAACAAGGACUUCUUUUUGUGUUUUCUUUAGCUGAAGGGCAUCUGUUGUUCAGUAAUUGUACUAAAAACUCAGAUGAUUUACUUUUAUUUCCUUCAAAGAUGGACACUUGUGGUAGAGAGAAGACUGUAAAAUGAGCAUUUUGAUGCUUUUUAUUUUUUUCAAAAGUAUUUAUUGGAAAGUGAGAAUUUUGUAUAAUGUCAAAGAUGAUGAGUAAAAGGUCAUAGCCCAGAUUUAUUUAAAAAAAGGUGAAUGAAUGAGAUUUCAGUUUGAUUCUUAACACCUUUUAAAAUGUCUGUCAAAAAGAAACUUUACUUAAAUGAAUCAAGCUUCAUAUUUUGAGUUUCAUUCAUAAAACAUGACAAUGAAAGAGGGGAUUACAACAAUUUGCUGAAAAAUCUUUAACCAAAGGGAAUGGCCAUGCCAUGUGACCUUGACCACAAAAUGGCUCUGGCAGCCACAGUGACUUCCUUGUGAGAUUGGGGUUUGCCUCCUUGCAGGUUAUCCCCUAUUCAGCACUCAUGACUACUGCCUCCUAGGCUUCCUUUAUCAAAGGGCUUUGGGGAGCACAAAACUUGGGCAGGAAGAAAAAAGAAGAUAUAGAGUUCCAAAGCUUGCCUUUGAAUUUAACAAAGGGUAUAAAGCCAGCUAUCUAACCAAGGUGGAAUCAUUUUAAGCAUGAGAAGGCUAGAUCCCUCCUAUCACAGAUAAUGUCCAUGUUUAUUUGCUUCCUUGGACCUACUAUUAAUAUAGUGUUACUAUAUUAGAAGAAUACAGACACAUAGUCUCCAUGGUUGCUUUUGUUUCUACUGUGUCAGAUUUGACCUAUUUAUAUCAUAGUGGAAUAAAACUGUGGGAGGGAAGUGAAAUCAUUUCUUAGAAGGUGGGUUUUCUUUUUCUUUUUUCUUUUUCAUUUUACAAUGGAAUGAAAUAUGCAUUCAUCAUUCAUUCAUUCAUUCAACAGAUGUCUAUUGAAUGUCCACUGUGUGCCUCAUUAGGCUAUUUGAACAGUCUUACCCAGUUUUACUGACUGCCUUGUUCUGCUCCUAUAAUAGGGAUGUGCAUUGGCCAUUAUUUUUGUUAACUAAUACCAGAAGUUAUUAUUGGCUAAUAAUAAAAUCAUUAUUAGCUAAUGAUAACAAAUAGGUCAAUAUUAAAUAAAACAAAUGUUUAUGCAUUU